AUGCUGAAACUUAAAAAUAGAGGUAUAUUAAACGUUUUCAAAAUAUCACCUCAAUUGAGACCAUUUAGCUCAAUUUCUCAAAAUUUUGUUAAAAUUGUUGAUGUUUCCCCACGCGAUGGCCUUCAAAAUGAAUCCACUAUAGUGCCAACAUCAGUUAAACUUGAGCUUAUUGAUAGACUUACUAAAGCUAACAUCCCUUCAAUCGAAAUAACUUCCUUUGUAUCCCCGAAAUGGGUACCUCAAAUGGCUGAUGCCAAAGAUAUUUUGCGAUUUGUAUCGUCAAAAUAUGAAGGGAAUGGAACUUCCUAUCCAAUUCUUAUACCUAACACUAAAGGGCUAGAAAGGGCUCUUGAAACAGGUAUAGCUAUUAAAGAAAUAGCAAUUUUUGGUGCAGCCUCCGAAGGGUUUAGUAAGAAAAAUACAAACACGAGCGUUAACGAAGGAAUAAGAAUCCUAAAAGAGGUUGCAGAUCUAGCUCAUUCAAAUGGAAUUAAAGUCAGAGGGUAUCUUUCGACUGUAAUUGGAUGUCCAUAUGAUGGACCAACAGAUCCAAAAAAAGUUGCAGAUUUGUCUCAACGUUAUUUGGAAGAGAUUGGAUGUUAUGAGCUUUCUCUUGGUGAUACCAUUGGAGUGGGAACUGUCAAAACUACAGAAAAAAUGUUAAUGGAAGUUUUCAAAAAAGUUGCACCAUCAAAAAUUGCGAUUCAUGCACAUGAUACUUAUGGUCAAGGUGUUGCUAAUGUAUUAAAGGCUGUAGAAAUGGGUGUACGAGUGGUAGACGCAAGUGUGGGCGGUUUAGGUGGAUGUCCUUACGCACAAGGAGCAACUGGAAACGUUUCAACAGAAGAUAUCGUGUAUUCCCUACAUAAUUCUGGUUACCAAACUGGAAUUGAUUUGGAUUUUCUUUCAAAAACUGGUGAAUGGAUAUCUACAACAAUAGGUCGAUCAAACGGAUCUAGGGCUGGUAAAGCAAUAGCUUCAAAGCUUUAA